UAGGAGAGACUCAUCGCUAACGAGGUAAACGACACAGAAAAUUUACGCACGUCUUCUCAACUCGGGGAAGCCGCGACUCAGUCAAUCAGAACCGAGUCAGCAAUCCAGAGCCAGUCCCACCUCUAAAGCCUUGUGCUUGUGUAGAUUUUAUUUUUGAAUAAUUUUAGGCUAAGUACUUGGAUAUACAAAAGUAGAAAUGGGGAGUGUGGAGGAGAUGGAAGAUGAGCGAGUGUUCGAUGUGGAGGAGACUAUAUUUGUUGCGGUGGGGAAGCAUGUGCAGAGCAGCAAGAGUACGCUGCUUUGGGCGGUACAGAAUUUUGCCGGCAAGAAGAUAUGCGUGCUCCACGUUCAUCAGUCUGCUCGCGUGGCUGCAUUGACUGACAGGAAGCUUGAUGGUAGUAAAUUUGAACAACAUGCAGCUAAAGCAUUUCAGCAAUUCAAAAAUAAAAAAGUGCAUGAAUUUUUAGAUGAGUACCUCCGCAUCCUUUCUGAAGCUGGGGUAGAAUCAACAUAUAAAUUAUGGAUCGAGAUGGACAAUGUUGAGAACGGUAUAAUAGAACUUAUUGCUCUGCACAAUAUCAAAUGGCUUGUCAUGGGGGCAGCAUCAGAUGCAUGCUCUUCAAGGGAAUUGACCAACUUGAAGUCCAAGAAGGCAAUCUUUGUAUGCCAAGAAGCACCAGUUUCAUGUCAUAUCUGGUUUGCUUCCAGGGGCUGCCUCAUCUACACAAGGCAAGGUGAAGAGGGCAGACAUGACAUGGAGGCCCCAACUUCAUUGCUGCAGCUGAAUUCAAGUAACGGAACUGAGGAAUCGGAGCAGUUUCAAUCAGAAUAUCUCAUUUCUAGGCUAAGACUUCUUGAUGUAAGCGAAGAUGCUGAUGAAUUGGAAAGAAGGUCGGGAGGAUUUUCUUCUCAAUGUUCCUUGGAUUCAUGUUUAUCCAUCAACAGAAUGGUUGGCAGUUCCAGAUCAGUCCCACUAAUGGAUGAGGAGGAAGGAUUUCAAGAGCGAGCAACUGGAAAAAUUAACGAUAGACUGGAAAGAACCAUGACAGAUACUAAGAACUUGAAGAGGAAAAUUUUUGAAGAGACAGUGAAGCGAUGGAAGGAGGAAGACAAUGCCAUGGAGGCUAAGUGCAAGGCCAAAGCACUAGAAAGCUUAUCUGUUAAGGAGAUGAGUAGAAGGAAAGAGAUCGAGGAAUUACUGGAAAAAGAAAAGCAAGAAACAGAGAGAAUGAAGAAUCAACAGGAUGAAUUAAUGAAAGAACUUCAGAUGGUCCAGGAGCAGAACGCACAACUUGAGGCUGAAGUUUUUGAGUCUCAAUGCUCCGCGAAAGAGUUAGAGGAGAAGAUUAUCUCUGCUGUAGAACUCUUAAUCAGUUUCAAGAAAAAACGGGAUGAUAUGCGGAUUGAGCAUAGAAAGGCAAUUGAAAAAGUCAAAGAAAUGAAGAAAUUGAUAAGAGCGGAAACUGCUGGGUUUUGUGGGACACAGUUCCUUGAAUUUUCUUUCAUGGAGAUCAAUGAAGCUACUCAUGACUUUGAUCCAUCCUGGAAGAUUGGAGAAGGAAAAUAUGGAAGUGUUUACAGGGGGCUUCUUCGCCAUAUGCAUGUGGCUAUAAAGAUGUUGCCCUCUUAUGGCUCUCAGAACCUCUUGGAGUUCCAGAAACAGGUAGAGCUUUUGAGUAAGGUGAGACAUCCAAAUCUGGUGACACUAAUUGGAACAUGUCCAGAAGCUAGGUCCCUUGUCUAUGAGUAUCUCAGAAAUGGCAGUCUUGAAGACCAUCUUUCCUGCAGAGAAAACACUCCUUCACUUCCAUGGGAAACUAGGAUUUGGAUUGCAUCUGAGAUAUGUUCCGCACUAAUAUUCCUUCACUCCAGCGAGCCUUGUAUUACCCAUGGCAAGUUAAAAUCCUCCAAUGUUCUCCUUGAUUCAAACUUUGUCUGCAAAGUUAGUGACUUUGGGAUCUACAGUUUGAUCCCAAAAGAUGAAGAUACAGCUAACUCUACUACAUUCCUUAAUGAAUCUGAUCCUAAGGUCACCUGUGAGCAAGUGCAUCCAUCUUAUUUUGAAGCUGGAGAGGUUACUCCAGAAUCAGAUGUAUACUCAUUUGGAAUCAUACUCUUACAACUUCUUACAAGAAGGCCAAUUUCGAAAAUUUUGAGAGAUGUUAAAUGUGCAUUGGAAAAUGACAAUUUUAGCACAGUGUUGGAUGGUUCAGCUGGAGACUGGCCCCUUACACAAGCCAGAGAUCUGGCUUAUUUGGCACAAAGGUGCUGCGAGAAGACCCAGUUUAAUCAACCAGAUCUAUCAGAAAUUUUGUGUGUGCUUGAGCGAAUGAGGGCUUCGAGUUUUGCAUCACCAUCACAUUCAGGUUCCAAGGCAGCAUUGUCUCAUAUUCCUUCUCAUUUUAUCUGCCCUAUUUUUCAGGAAGUCAUGAAGGAUCCGCACAUAGCCGCAGAUGGUUUCACUUACGAAGCAGACGCAAUCAAGGGAUGGUUGCAAAGUGGCCACAAGACUUCGCCGAUGACAAAUCUGAAGCUCGAAAACUGCAGUCUAUUACCUAAUUAUGCUCUUCAUCAAGCCAUUCAAGAAUGGCAACAACAGUCUUGAACUG